AUGGUCAAAGAAUCCAAGAGCCGAGGUCAAACGAAUCCCGAAGAACAGACAAAAGAUUAUGGUGUGGGUGGCUUCAGUGUCAAGGGCCUAGUCGGCUAUCAUUCGUUCAAAAGUAUUAUGGAUGGUCCCUACUACGUUCAAAUUCUUCAAGAUCACCUUAUUCGCAACGCCAGAAGGCAAUUCGGUCGACGAUGGCGAUUGCAGCAAGACAAUGAUCCGAAACACAGAAGCCGAGUGGCAAGGCAAUUCCUACUCAACGAAGUGUCCGAAAUGAUCGAUUGGCCGUCGAACAGCCCCGACGUUAAUCCAGUGGAGAACCUCUGUUCGAUCAUCAAACGUCUUGUCGGGAAGCGAAAACCCUCAAAUCUCGAUGAACUGGACAGAUUUCUACACGAAGAAUGGGAAGAAACCGACUUGGUCACUCUAAAUCAUUUGGGCGAAUCGAUAAAAGCACGAUGUUUAGCUUUGAUUGAUUCGAAGGGAGAGAGGAUUAACUAUUAA